AUGUCGAUCUUCGACGGAGCUUUCAUCAACACAGAGCUUUCCAAACACACAUCGAUCUUCGGUCUCCGUUUAUGGGUUGUCAUCGGAAUCUUAAUCGGUGUUGCCAUCGUUUUCAUCCUCUUCCUCAUCUCCCUCUGUGUAGUUUCCCGCCGCCGCCACCACCGCCGUACUGGCGACUACAAAAUCACCGGUGCUGCUCCUGCAAAGGAAAUCCAACAGAUCGUGCACAUUCCAGGACCGCACAUGCUUCGGCGACCAGCUCCGGCGAAAGUACCGGAGAUCCACGUGGAUAUCGGGAGGCAAGAACACAGAGUGGUGGUUAAAUCAGAUAGGGUUUCAAGUGGUGAGAGUAAGGGAACAGCGGGAAGUGGGUGUGAUACGACGUCGUCUUUUGGGAGUGGUAGUGUCGGUGGAAUUGGACCCGAGGUAUCACAUCUUGGUUGGGGAAGAUGGUACACUCUGAGAGAGCUUGAAGAUGCAACUGGUGGGUUGUGUCCAGAAAAUGUUCUAGGUGAAGGUGGCUAUGGAAUUGUUUAUCAUGGAGUACUCACGGAUGGUACUAAAGUUGCUGUCAAAAAUCUCUUGAAUAACAAGGGCCAAGCGGAAAAAGAAUUCAAAGUCGAGGUAGAAGCAAUUGGUCGAGUGCGUCACAAAAAUCUUGUUAGGUUGCUUGGAUACUGCGUUGAAGGGGCCUACAGGAUGCUUGUGUAUGAAUACGUUAACAAUGGAAAUCUAGAACAGUGGUUGCAUGGAGAUGUUGGACCUGUAAGCCCUUUGACAUGGGAAAUACGCAUGAACAUUAUAUUGGGAACAGCUAGAGGCUUGGCAUAUCUUCACGAGGGUCUCGAACCAAAGGUUGUUCACCGAGAUGUGAAAUCAAGCAACAUCCUCAUUGAUCGUCAAUGGAACUCCAAGGUUUCUGAUUUCGGGCUUGCCAAGCUUUUAUGUUCUGAGAAUAGUUAUGUCACGACUCGAGUAAUGGGGACAUUUGGUUAUGUCGCACCAGAAUACGCAUGCACCGGAAUGCUGACUGAAAAGAGUGAUGUUUAUAGCUUUGGGAUCCUUAUCAUGGAGAUAAUUACUGGGAGAAGUCCAGUUGAUUAUGCUAGACCACAAGGAGAGGUUAAUUUAAUAGAGUGGUUGAAAACUAUGGUCGGUAAUCGAAAAGCUGAAGAAGUAGUUGAUCCUAAACUACCCGAGUUGCCGUCUUCAAAGGCUCUUAAACGCGCUCUAUUAAUCGCUCUUCGGUGUGUUGAUCCCGACGCAACCAAAAGGCCUAAAAUGGGACAUGUCAUUCACAUGCUUGAGGCCGAUGACCUGUUAUUCCACAAUGAUCGCAAAACUGGAGGCGAGUCUUCGCGAUCCUCUCUUCACGAAUUUCAACAAGAGCACGAGAACUCGAGUUUGGACAAGAGAACAACAGAUGAAGGAAUCAGUGUUGAAAGUGAGCAUGGUAGUGGUAGAAGUAAUCAUCAACCUACUAGAGGGAGAUGA